CAAGAACUCGAAGCGCGCCGCCAACCAAACACUACGCCUUCCUAACCUGGCUUAUCGUCUCGGCCACAGUUGUGACUCCUUCUCUCAGUGCGCCGCUGUCAAGUGUCCAUGCUCGGAGGAUUAUGUCCCCUUCAACUGAUACACUCUCUAACACAGCUAGACCUACAUCUGACGCGAAGCCCCUAGGACCAUGUCACUCCUAGUGGUGUCGGCGAAAGAUGUCGCCAAGAUCGCUGCGACGUUCGAGCCCCAGGAGUUGACUGAUCUCAUGGCGCAGGUCUUCCAUAGCUUGUCCAAGGCAGAAAAGUCCCCUGGCGAAGCCUCCGGAAUACACCAGCCUCAUCGCAUCUCGGUGCCAGUGACUAAUCACACCGGGCUAUUCAUGCCUUCACGCAUUGAGCCUUUUGGGACUGCCAUCAAGGUAGUCUCCGUUCCUACAUCGACGGCGCCACCCUUGGUCAAAGAGGCUGGAUUACCCGGAACAACGCUUGUUCUUGACGAGACGUCUGGUGCUGUAAAGGCAGUCGUCAAUGCCAGACAGCUUACCGCUCUCAGAAAUGCAGCAGGAUCAUUGCUUGCUACCCGCUUGCUAUCCAUUCCUGACGCUAAGCCUCGCAAGCUGGUAGCUUUUGGGGCAGGCGCGCAGAUCGCAGCGCAUAUCUCCCUCUUCCUCAAGCACUUCUCGACGAUCACGUCCUGCACGAUCUUCAAUCGCUCCAUCAACACUCGAUUGUCGACUCUCGCCUCGCGUCUGAAAGCAGAGGCAGGAUCGGUCAAUAUCGAUGUCAGUUCUCUGCCGAAGGAUACACAGGAUGAUGCCUUCCGCGCUGCUGUGAGGGAGGCAGACCUCAUCAUAACCGCGACAUCCUCGACGACACCGUUCUUUCCCUCCGACUACGUCAAACCUGGAGCACAUUUAUGUCUCAUAGGCUCCUAUACACCAAAGAUGUACGUGCAAUGCCAUGAGAUGUCCUCCUUGCAUCAUUCAUCUACGCUGAACCUUGUUGAUAGGCAUGAAGUUGACACCGACUUGGUCAAACGUGCUGGUCGAGUUGUAGUCGACUCCCGCGCCGCGUGUCUGGUCGAAGCCGGAGAACUCAUUACAGCAGGGCUUAGGCCCUUCGACCUCGUCGAAAUCGGAGAGCUAUUGCAGCCCGCCGUAUCCGCCGAUGGCUCUGGCUCUGUCUGGGCAGCCCAAGACGAGCUAGUGCGAAAAGUCCAAGCUGCCGGAGACGUCACGAUCUUCAAGUCAGUCGGUGUCGGUGUUCAGGACGUCGCUAUUGCAUCUGCUGUUGCAAGAAAAGCCGCACAGGAGAGCAUAGGCACGAUAGUAGCAGACUACGACGAAUUGUCUUAA